CUCUACACAAUGGCAGCAGUGCACAAGAAAAAGCUGGAGUCUCCGGAAGCUCAGUGCAUUAUCAGUGUGUUGGACGAGUGUGUGUGUAAAAUAGACGUGUUGUCGAUGCUGCCGUGUGAACUCGUGCAUCCUGAAUGCGUCUCUCAGGAGCUCGGAGACACGGCGGUGGAUUUGCUCAGAGAACAUCUGCGACUGUCCGAGGAGUUCCGCUCGCUACAGGACACCAACACGAGGAAAGAUGAGGCGAUCACACGACCCCUGCAGGACUCACUGAGGAACUUCCUGCGCCAUAUGAGGCCUCACCUAGAGCCAGAGACAGUGAAGAAGGUGCUCCAAGGGGCGGGGCCAAUCAUCAAGGAGGACCAGGAGGCUGUGCAGGAGCUGUGCACAGGGCUACGGGAGCUCAGACAUGUGCUAAUGGAGCGACUCAUGACCACGCCCAAAGAGGAGAGGGAACACAGGAGACACAGCCAGGAAGUCAGAAAGAGACAGCAAUGCAACAAAGAGGUCCUUCACAGGCUGGAGCAAGAAGUGAGAGAGGCGACAAAAUACAGAGAUGAAAUGAUUAGUAAGAAGGAUGGAGAGAUCCGCUGUUUGAAAGAUUCCCUCCACCAGAUGGAGAGAAUGUCGGAGGAGUUUGUGCAGCAGAUGCAGAAGAAGGCAGCGCAGCAGCAUCAAUCCGAUCUAAAGAACUCAGAGAUAAUACAGCUCCGCCUACAGGAAGAAGCCAAUCAGCUGCAAGCUCAGCUCGACCUCCUGAUCACACAGCACAGAGAGAGAGAGAGGGCACUGUGCAAGAAGAACGACAAGCUGGAGACUGAGAUCGAAAAUUGGAUUCAGAAGUACGACAUGGAUAUGGAAGAGAAGCAGGUACAGCUGGAGAAUCUGACGCAGAUGUACCAUGAGGAGCAGGCAGAGCGUCAAGUACUGCAGGAACACUUAUCUGAGCUGGAUCUCGAGUAUUCACAGAUCAUGGAGAAGAGACAGAGAGAACAAGAGCGCAGAGAGGAGGAGGAAAGAGAGAGAGAGACGAAGACUCGAGCCGUCGUCAUCAUCCAGGCGUUCUAUAGAGGAUGGAAAGUCCGCAAGGCCAUGAAGAGCAAAACCAAGAGCAAGAAAGGCAAGCAGGGCAAAGGGAAGAAGAAGAAGUGAGAAAGAGGACGUAACACUGAUCUGUUCCAUGUUUAUCACGACUGGAAUCCUGAAAUCUGAUGAAUGAAGGGUUUCUUCAGGUCACAUGAUCAGCUGUGUGGUUAACAUUAAACAUAGAAAUGAAUCAUAAA